UAUUCGUACAGUCAUCCGAAGUCAUCCAUACGUUUGUUAUAAUUCAUUUUACAAUUUAUAUGCAAAAAUGAUAGUAAAUUAAUUAACAUAAAAAGUUGUCUGUAUAAGCAAAAGUUCACAUUUUAAGAAAAGUAAAUUACGUACAAUAGGUAACAGCGUUGGAUCAAUUUAAAUUCAAAAUGGAAGUUAUACCAGCAGCCAAGCAGGCUCUUAUGUGUUUCUUAAUAUCAAACUUAACGUUUAUCGUCUGUUUCCUAACUGGAGUGCUUGGAUCUUCAUCGGAAUUGUGGGCUCUUAAAUAUUGGGGACCUGCAUUAUAUUUUUGUUUGAUUAAUUUCGUGUUAAAAUAUUGCUACAAGGGUUUCAUAUACGAGGUAUCAAUAAGGGCAACUGGAUUAGGAGCUGCAAUGGCUGUGGGCUUGUACCUAGUCACAUUUGAUAAUGGCUGGAAGGUUUUUGGCUUGUAUACAGUGGUUCUGACAUUCUUCCAUUUCUCCGAGUUUGUGGCAGUGGCAUUAUCCAACCCAAAGACAGUGACCAUAGAUUCCUUCAUCCUGAACCACAGUGUGCAGUAUGCUGUUGCAGCAGUUGCUAGCUGGGUGGAAUGGGCUGUGGAGUACUACUUCUUCCCUGACUUCAAAACACACUUCUGGAUUUCAAGUUUGGGAGUGGUAAUGUGCAUUGGUGGAGAGCUGAUCAGAAAAACGGCCAUGUUCACCGCUAAGCAUAACUUUUCACACACUGUGGAGUUUGUAAAGAGACCAGAGCAUCAGCUGGUAACUCACGGUGUAUAUUCUCUGUGCCGACACCCAAGCUAUGUGGGCUGGUUCUACUGGUCUAUUGGAACUCAGAUAAUAUUAUUAAAUCCUAUCUGCGUGGUGGUGUACGCUCUGACAUCAUGGACAUUCUUCCGUGAGCGCGUGUACGCGGAGGAGAUGACGCUGCUUGGAUUCUUCGGCAUACACUAUGAUGAGUAUCAGAAGAAAGUUGGCACCGGCCUGCCUUUCAUUCUGGGCUAUGUCCCCGAGAACAGGAGACAAAAGAUCAAAGAAAGGCACUGGAGCUACUAAUAUUAUGAUCAUAAAGCUUCAAGGUUAAAAGGUAGAGAAAUAUAUAAACAAAUAAAUAAAAAAAUAAUAAUUAAGAAGUACAGUUGUGGACGUUAAUUUCCUACCCACUUGAAAAAGUCACUUGACACUAAAAUACUUAUAAAAGCUAAAUUUUAGCUCUUACGUUGUAAGUUUGGUAUUAGAGGAAUUUUGAUAUUAGAACUUAUGUGGGUAGUUAAUUUAAUUCUUUAACUGUACACUGAAAUAUUACAUUUACUACUUGCAUUUACAGUUUACAGCUGAUUUUCAUGUUGUCUAGUCAAAUAUAUUAGGUCUUUCACCGUGGGUUUCCGACAACAAAAUCCCAGUUUAAAACAUAUUGUUAUCUCUGUUUUGUCAAAGAUGAAAGAUAAGGAUGACAAUGUUUUUUAUACAUAGAUUUUGGUGUCAGAAAACCACGGUUACAGUGUUUGUCAUUUGUGAUCUGUCUUUCAUUUGCGAGAACUCAAGCAAAUAAUUUGUUAUUCCUUUGUAUGGGAUUUAUAAAAUUACGAUAUUCAUAUUGAAAGUUCAUAUGUUAAUGUUUAUAUUUAAUAACUUCUUUUUUUUGGUGGCUUAAAACUUCUUGCGACUCGCUACGCAGAACACAAGUUUGUAUUGGGUGUAGUGGUGUGCGAGAGGGACCUUGAGCCGCCAACAUAUUUGAAAAGAAUUAUACAUACAUUCUCAAAUGUAUUGUUAAAUAUAUAUAAAUUUUAUUAUGUAGGUAGACU